AUGGGCCAAGCCAAGAGCCGGAGAAGAAAACCCCCCUCAGACACGACCCCCCCGAGCAGCCAAGAAAUCCAAAUCUGGAUGGACUUGACCCUCCUGCCGCAGGAGCUGCUGGUGCUGAUCCUGAGCUGGGUGCCCGGCCCGACUCUGGUGACCGUCGGCCGCCUGGUGUGCCGGGAGUGGAGGGAUCUGAUUGACGGCCCCGUCCUCUGGAAGCUCCAGGGGGAGAGAGACCCCUCCAAGCGGGAGGCUUUCCGUGCCGCCCUGGAAGCUGCCCAUCACUGCCCCCGCAUGGAGUGGGCCCGGGUGGGCGUCCUGCAGCCCUUCGGCAGGAACUUGAGCAAGAGCCGACGCAAGCUAGAUCUACAUCCACCCUGUCGGCUUGGAGUUUUGGAUACCUCGUACUUAGAAGACAACCCCUGUUGGAUAUCAUAUUUCAUUGAUUUGGUGAAGGAAGGUUUGUGGGAGGACCUCCUGGACGCCUUCCAACCGGAUAUUUUUAUCUCUGACUGGUGGGGCACCCAUGAGAAAUGCAGCUGCACCUACAACCUCUAUGUCCUCCUUCUGGCAGCAGACAGAUCCACAGUGAUCAGCAGAUUUGACACCAAAAUGGACCGUGCAGGGGAGUGGAACAUCUCGUUUCAACAGCCUUCCCACGUCUUCAGAAAAUACGGCCCUGGAGUGCGCUACCUGCGGUUUCAGCACACCUGCAAACGCCCUGAGCCACAGCACAUGGAAGCUCACCUCACCAACUCUUCCGUCUUGGUGAAACUCUCAGGGUAG